CGACCCGCGAGCAUCGUGCAGCCACCCACCCUUAGCGGCCUCCUCGUUUUACCUCGUUUCGUUUUCGUUCUCGCGUGCGAGGGGCUCGACGCCGGUCACGUGUCCCCCUCUUUCGCACGCUCGAACGCGAGUGCAACCAUGCAAGUGCGAGCACCCUCGUUCAGAUUCGUCAUGUAGUUUGCGACAUGAGCAGCGUCUAAUUAUCGCUGACGCAGUUUUUUUUCUUUUUUAAGGGGAGACACGAAUCUUCUUUUGCAAAUUAAAAACCUUAGACGCGAAGUGAACGCGACAGUCUUUUGUUGAAUUUACGACAUGGAUCUCGGAUAUGACGAGCAAUUGAUUGGAGUUGCUUUCAUCGUUCGAUCAAAGACGAGUUCAAUCAGUUUUAAUGCACGAUCCACUGGAAGUAACAAACGACCCUACGUUGCAGAUAUUUAUUAAACUUGUAAACAAUUAAGAAAAUAAUCACACAACAAUAAUCAACGGUUAUGAUGGCAAAAUUUUUUUUCUCGGGUGUGAUGCCAAACACGUAAAAAUGUGUUAACGUAGAGCAUGAAAUUUGUGUCCGAUUUUUCUGAGUGGGAUCGAGUUAAACGCUGGUUUCAGUGAAAUGUGAGGUAACGAUGGAGCUGAGGAUCAGUAUCCUUCUUUUAACGCUUCUCCGCCUCGCCAGUACGCUCGAAAGUACGAAAGAGGAGGACGAUGCCGAGGAGGAUGACGAGGAGAGCUAUCCCGUCGAGGACUACGAUUACGGCGACUACGAGACCGGGACUAUAGCCAGCGAUACCGAUCUAAUCGCUGGCGGUUCCCUGCCGAUUUUUUUGGUAGAGCCAGUCGACACGUUUGUCGUCAAGGGAAAACCGGCGACGCUGCAUUGUCGCGCCGCUCACGCUCUUCAGGUGUAUUUUCUCUGCAAUGGUGACCGAGCCGGGCGUUCGCAGCAGCAGGAUUUCGUCGACCCUCGUACCGGAACGAGGGUCGUCGAGGUCGAGUUGAACGUGACGAGAAACGAGGUCGAUGAGUACUUCGGGAAGGAGAGAUUCAAGUGCGAGUGCGUGGCAUGGUCGGGACCAGGUCAAAUUCGAGGGCAGCCCGCUACGGUUGAGGUCGCCUAUCUCAAGAAGAACUUCCUGUCGCCGCCGUACUCGCUGUCGGUGGAAGCCGGUCGCAACGCGGAACUGCGAUGCUCGCCGCCGCCGGGCGUACCACAGCCCAAGGUUUAUUGGUUGAGGAACGGCUCGCCUCUCGAGAAAGCCGCAUCGGUCGCCGGCGCCGCUUCCGCCUCUUCCGACGCGAAUCCCAACGACGUGUCAACCGCGGACGGCUUCGUGCAGUCCACCGACGGGCAUCUGCUUCUCGGGGAGGCCGAAUUGAGGCAUCAAGGAAACUACUCCUGCGUCGCCGAGAAUCUCGCCGCUAGAAGAGUUAGCGAACCGGCGGUGCUCACGGUUUACGUGAACGGCGGGUGGUCGUCCUGGUCCGGAUGGUCGGAGUGCAGCGCUCGUUGCGGUAGAGGCGUACAAAAGAGGACAAGAACAUGUACAAAUCCCGUUCCAAUCAACGGCGGUCAAACGUGCCCAGGGCCAGCCACACAAAGGGUAGAAUGCAAUCCUUCCUGCCCGGCGGUUGACGGCAGAUGGUCAGCCUGGUCCUCGUGGUCCGCAUGCGGUCCUGAUUGUUCGAGAAUACGGAGGAGAUCCUGCAACGAUCCCCCGCCGAGCAACGGCGGUCGUCCCUGUCAAGGCAAGGACGUCAUCGUCGAGUUCUGCUCCGCGGAUCGAUGUAAUGCGCUUGGACAAGACGGGCCGAGAGUGUUCAAGGAAGCGACCAGAGCGGUCGAUCACAGAAAUAUCCUUGCGUUGUGGAUCACUUUAAGCUUGGCCGCGGUAAUUCUGGCCGUGACGACAAUUUUCUUCGUUCGCUUGAUGCGUCGAAAAGAGAGAAUGGAGGCGUUGUACGGCGUCGCGAGAUUGGAUUUUCAUCGUCCGGGCGAUCUCGCGAAAUCGGUCGUUUCUAAGAACGAUCGUCCCGUUCUGGCUAGCGACAGACGUCUCGAGCAUGUGAUCGACGAAUCGAACGCCACCAGAUUACCCAGAUCCUGUUCCGAGCAUCAUUAUGACGUUCCGCAAUUGUCAUUACCGUCGACAACGAGACCAUCGCCGAGCUCCUCCGUAACCAGGUCUUCUUGCAAGAACUCGCAGCGAGGACGCGGCAUGUCGGAUAAUGAGGAGGGACGGUCUUCUCGUUCCACGUAUCAAGCAAAUCCGGAAAGCAACAACGAGGAAGACGACGAUCACGACGACGACGAAAGACCGGACGAGAACGAACGAUCCGCAACGGACGACGGUAGCGGCUUCAUCGUGAGAGCCGCAAUCGACGAGCAAGGAGCUCUCCUGAUCGUACCGGAGGUGGGCGUCUCGAUGUCCGUGCCGGAAGGUGCAAUUGCGCGCGGUCGUCGGCACAGUCUGCAUCUCGCCGUUCUCGGAGAAAAUUCCUUCCGACCGAAUCUUCCGCCUGGGCUCACCUUGUUGUCCGCCGUGGUGGCUUGCGGUCCCGCGGGCAUCGAUCUUGUGAAGCCGGUGAUUCUUCAGUUUGAACACUGCGCCGAGCUGAGAACCGGAAACUGGGAACUGAGUCUGUGGUCUACGGAGAUCGAUCUGGAGACUCGUUCAAACAAUUCCAUGAGCUCGUCGGCAAGCUCGAACGGUUCGCCAUCCGCGACAGCUUGGCGCAAAGUGCUGAUGCUCGGCGGCGAUCCGACCAAUCUGCCCGGUCAACCAUUUGCGCAACUCGAUCAUGCGGGCGUGUUCCUCGUCACGGAAACGCCCAGCGUUUACGCGGUGGCUGGAGAGAAUUCGGUUGUCGCGCCCGGUUUGGCUGUCAAGCGUAUCUGUGUGGCGAUUUUCGUGUCUCGAGAACGUGAUCACAUCAGGUGUCACGUGUUGGAGGACACCAAGGCGUCGUUCAAGCUUAUUAGCGAACAGGAACGUCGUUUAGGUAGCACUCACAUUGACCACGGAACUCUCGGAUUUCGCGCGAGCGGCACAUCGCUUCGCAUCGAUCUCGAAGAUAGAGAAAGCGGUUUUGCCGAGCGACAGGAAGUACUUUAUCGACGUAUUUGGGCAUCUUCGAGAGUUAGCGUUCGGCGCUUAUUUAGAAUAGAGAAGAUGAUGGGCGAUUUCAAGCUCGGAUUCGAAUUUCGGGCUUAUCAGCGAGGAUUUGAGGACCAAGGCUUGCUUCUCAGAAUCGAUCUCGAUCUUUCGAAGAGAAAUCUGAGUGCAAAGAGAAAUAACAACAAGAUGGAAUCCUCGGUCGUUUUACGAGGAAAAAAUUCAGCGAGAUCCACAGAAUCCGUAAUACCGAGACCCUUCAGAUUUUCUAAGACGCUUAGAAAACAAUUGUGCCAAUGUCUGGAUCCGCCGAGCGCUCGCGGAAAUGACUGGCGAAUGUUAGCUCAGAGACUGCAAGUGGAUCGAUAUGUCGACUAUUUCGCGACGAAGGCGAGCCCAACGGAACAUAUUUUGGACUUAUGGGAAGCCAGACACCGUGAAGCCACGGCUCUAGCUGAUUUACUGAACCAUUUAAGACUGAUGGGUCGCGUCGACGCGGCCAAUGUACUCGAGAGUCGUCUGGGGCCAUGGAUCUGAAAGAUCACGAAAAACUUACACUGCCGUAACAAACGAAACGCAACUUUGUAACGCGAGAUACAAAAAAAGUAGUUUUGUACAUAGAGUAGUCAUUAUAUUAACAAAAUGGACGUAGAACUAUGUUGUAUAAACAUUGGUCAUAUUUGUACAUAAAA